AUGCUGCAGGAUAAGGGCCUGUCGGAGAGCGAGGAGGCCUUCAGGGCCCCGGGCCCAGCGCUCGGCGAGGUCAGCGCCACCAACGCCGCUAACGCAGCCAACGCCUCUGAGCCCGCGCUGGCAGCGCCAGGCCUCAGCGGAGCAGCGAUCGGCAGCCCCCCGGGCCCUGUCGCCGACGUCGCCGCAGCAGCUGAUCCCCCUUCCUCCCGUCCCCAGACCAUUGAGAACAUCAAGGUGGGGCUGCAUGAGAAGGAGCUCUGGAAGAAGUUCCACGAGGCGGGCACCGAGAUGAUCAUCACCAAGGCGGGCAGGAGGAUGUUCCCCAGCUACAAGGUAAAAGUCACAGGCAUGAACCCCAAGACCAAGUAUAUCCUGCUGAUUGACAUCGUCCCUGCAGAUGACCAUCGUUACAAGUUCUGUGACAACAAAUGGAUGGUGGCAGGAAAGGCUGAGCCAGCCAUGCCAGGAAGGCUUUAUGUCCACCCAGAUUCUCCUGCCACUGGGGCCCACUGGAUGCGGCAGUUGGUCUCUUUCCAGAAGCUGAAGCUGACAAACAACCACCUGGACCCCUUUGGCCAUAUCAUUCUCAACUCCAUGCACAAGUAUCAGCCAAGGCUGCACAUCGUUAAGGCUGAUGAGAACAAUGCUUUUGGCUCCAAAAACACAGCCUUCUGCACCCAUGUGUUCCCAGAAACCUCCUUCAUCUCUGUGACCUCCUACCAGAAUCACAAGAUCACACAGCUGAAAAUUGAGAACAACCCUUUUGCCAAGGGAUUCCGGGGCAGUGACGACAGUGACCUACGUGUGGCCCGGCUGCAGAGCAAAGAAUAUCCUGUGAUUUCCAAAAGCAUCAUGAGGCAGAGGCUCGUGUCCAGCCAGCUCUCGGCCAAGCCCGAUGUUAGCCCUCUGCAUGGUGCACACCAGGCACUGCAGCACUACCAGUACGAAAAUGGGGCUCACAUGCAGUUUGCAGCUGCUGAGCCACAGGACCUGCCGCUCAACACCUUUCCCCCGCAGAGGGACUCCAGCCUCUUCUACCACUGCCUGAAAAGACGAGAUGGUGCCCGCCACCUGGACUUCCCCUGCAAGCGGUCCUAUCUGGAAGCCCCCUCUUCGGUGGGGGAUGAUCACUAUUUCCGUUCUCCCCCUCCCUACGACCAACAGAUGCUGAGCCCCUCUUAUUGCAGUGAGGUGGCCCCCCGAGAAGCCUGUAUGUACUCAGGAUCGGGGUCCGAGAUUGCCGGGGUGUCUGGGGUGGAUGACUUGCCCCCACCCCCACUGAGCUGUAACAUGUGGACUUCGGUCUCACCAUACACCAGUUACAGUGUUCAGACGAUGGAGACUGUGCCUUACCAGCCCUUCCCCACACACUUCACUGCCACCACCAUGAUGCCUCGGCUGCCUACCAUCUCUACUCAGAGCUCCCAGCCACCAGGAAACACGCACUUCAGUGUCUACAGUCAGCUCUCACAAUGUCAGGUCCGAGAGCGGGGGCCUACUGCCUCAUUCCCACGAGAGCGAGAGCGUGGCCUGCCCGCAGUGUGCGAGAGGAAGCCACCCUCCCCGCACCUGAACGCUGCCAACGAAUUUCUCUACUCUCAAAGCUUCUCCUUGACCCGGGAAUCUUCCUUACAGUAUCAUUCAGGAAUGGGUGCUGUAGAGAACUGGACUGAUGGAUGA